UACGAGAAUAAAAAACAACACACUUAACAUUCAUUUCAAGUGUUUGCGACAAUUAUUGAAAACAAUUGAAAUUUUAUUUAACUUUAUAAAAAUGUCCACAACUUAUGAUUUUACGGGACGGGUGGCCCUCAUAACUGGUUCGAGUUCAGGUAUCGGUGCCGCCACUGCUCUACUAUUGGCCAAAAGUGGUGCCAAUGUUGUGAUCACUGGACGUAUUGCUGAAAAUGUGAACAAAAUUUGUAAAGAAUGCACAGAAGUGUCACCAAAAGGUCUGAAAGCACUUCCAGUGGUGGCAGACGUGACCAAAGAGGAAGAUGUCGACCGACUUCUCGACACUACUAUUAAAACUUUUGGUAAAUUAGAUAUUUUGGUGAAUAACGCGGGGAUGGGAUCCCGCGCUCCCAUUACUGAUGCCGAUUAUAUUCCCAAAUUAAAGGCAGUGUUUGACACAAACCUUAAUUCUGUGAUAUAUUUAACCCAUAAAUCAAUUCAAUAUUUGGAGAAAACUAAAGGAAAUAUAAUUAAUAUCUCGAGUAUUGUUGGCAUACAGUCUAGCAAAGAUGUGUCGGCCUAUUGUAUGUCAAAAGCAGCGUUGGAUAUGUUCACCAAAUGUAUGGCCGUUGAAUUGGGCCCAAAACGCAUACGCGUUAAUUCAGUCAAUCCCGGUUCUGUGCGCACAAACAUUAUCAGAAAUGUUCCCUUAAGUGCCGAACAAUUCAAAGUGAUUCGUGAAAAUAUUAGCGGUAAAUACCCGGUCGGACGCGUCGGUGAGGGACAGGAUAUUGCCAACGCUGUUGCCUACUUGGCCGGUGAUCAUGCUAGUUUUGUGACUGGUACAAUAUUGGUGGCUGAUGGCGGUCACCUUGCCGCUAAUGUUAACUUACAUUAAACGUGUUAACUUUAAAAUUAUCAUAAUAAAUAAAAUUAUUUAACAAUAAUUUUUAUUGAUAGAAAAUACAAUAUAUU